AUUAAAACCAGUGCAGUGAAAGUGACAGCACAUUUGGUUAUUUGGCAAAUUAUGUGAAUAUUUAAUUUUAACAGUAAAAAUAGGUACUUUUUUUAUAAAAAAAUGGCAUUUACACUUUGGAAUUUAUUUGAGGCUAGCUUGUUAUUUUUAAAUGCAGUAUGUAUAUUAAACGAGGAACGGUUUUUAAGCAAAAUUGGUUGGGGUUCAAGAGGAGCCAACGUUCAAGGUUUUGGAGAAAAUCCUUCAACAAAAUCACAGAUUUAUAAUCUUUUUCAUUCCAUUAGGACAGUGGCAAGAAUUCCAUUGAUUUUCCUCAACAUAGUUACAGUAAUAUUCAAGUUAAUUCUCGGAUGACACUAGAUUUUACAUUAAGAUAAAAACUUUUUCAUGUAUUUAUUUUUGUAAU